AGAGAUUUACCAUCAUGGCGGCGUCGUUACAAAAAUAUGAGUUGAUUUUUGGCAUUUGAAAGACUUUAAAAUAUAAAAACACUGAUGAGAACAUGUAUAGCGACAAGAAAAUAACCAAGGAAGACACAUGGAGACCAGCUGACCUCAAAAGAUACAUCAGGGAUGAAAGACACGCUGAUGAUUAUGUUAGGAGGCGAGAUGACAAUGACAGAAAGCACCGUGGUGGGGAAUCCAUAGAAAGACGUCGCAGAGAUCAGGAGAAGGAGUCCAGAAGAGAGAGCGACAAGCCCAGGGAAAGGGAGAGUACAAAGGAAAGAAGAGAAGAUGGUGAAAGAGACAGAUAUGCAGAUCGACAGAAAGAGGGCUCACGGGACAGGAGAGGUGAAAGGGAUAAAGGAGAUGACAGGGAGAAGAGAAGGGAAAGAGACAAGUUGUUAGAUGGAAAGAGGUACGAUGAUGAUAACAGGAGGAGAGACAGAGAGGAAAGGCAUGAAAGGGAGAGGGACAGGGAAAGACACAGAGACAAGGAGAAAGAAAGGGACAGAGAGAGACGCAACGAUGAGAACAGGGACAAAAGGAGGGAAGAGAGAGACAAAGAAAGAUACAGGGAUAAGGAACGAGAGCACAGGACUGAGAGGGAGAGACGGAGACACAAGGAAAAUGAAGAAGGAGAAAGAGAUCAGAUAGAAAGGCAAGAAAGAGAAAAGAGAGAUCGGCAUAGAGAAAGAGAGCGACACAAAGAUGAAUAUCAAGACAGGCGGAGUGACAAAGAAAGACGAGAGAGACAUGAAGACAGAAAGCAUGUGGAUGUGAAGGAGGACAGAGACCACAAAGAAGAAGAGAGAAGACAUAAAGAGGAGAGAGAAAGGAGACACAAAGAGAGUGGACAUCAUGAUGAGAAGCGGAAGUAUGACAGCGAAUCCAGGCAGUAUCAAGACUUGAAGGGGUCAGGUGAAGGGGUCAGGCGUCACCGUGGUGACAGUGAGCGAGAAGAACGGGACAAACACAAAGAGAGAAGGCACAGAGAGGAGGAGGAGGUGGAAAGAAAUCACCACAGAGACAGGACCAGCUCCAAGAAAGCGGCAUCUGACAAAAGUCACAGGCAUGAGACUAAAACAGAGGAUGUAGCUGUAGUAUCUGAGCUCCAGACAGUUAGUGUGAAAGAUGUAGGAGACACAGAGGAGCCUGCUGCCAAUGAUGAAGAUUUGGCUGACCAGGAAUAUGAAGAUGACUUUGAGAAAAUGGAUUAUGAGGAGGAUUUUGAGGAGAUGGAUGAGAGUGCAAAUGAAGACGAGGAUGAAAAGGAGCCACAGCAUCCAGAGUCAGGUGAAGAGAGGGAGGAACUUACAGCGCAGAGGAGAAAGGAAAUAGAAGCAAUUCAGAGAGCCAUAGAUGAGGAGAACGAGAGGGUCGGAACAGCUCAGUCCAGACAAAACACCAGCACAGAGGACGAAGAACGGCCUAAAUGGUCCAGAGGAUCAGAAAAGAACCAGAGUAGAGCCUCCCAACGUGGGAAGUUUAUCGACUUUGUGGCAGCAAAGCAGCGCGAAGUCAGCAAGAAAGUUGCAACAAAACAGAAGAAACGCAGCACAGAGCUUCUUCGCUUAAUUGAUCUGGAUUUCUCAAUGACGGUCUCCCUUUUGGAUCUGCCACCUGUUAAUGAAUAUGACAUGUAUAUCAGAACCUUUGGAACUGCAAACACGAAGCAGGCAUACGUUCAGUGUAACGAGGAUAAUGCAGACAGAGACAUCCAGACAGAGGAGAUAGAGGUGUGUGAAAAGUGGACGCAGCACCCUCCAGAGCAUAAUGGAGCCUGCGGUGAUCCAAACCUUUCCCAAGAGGCACGAGACAAAAGUGAACUGAACAUUGACUCACAACGCCUGACAGCGUUUCUGCGCUCAGCUUCUCAGGUCAUGGCUGUCCUGUUGGAGGAGGAUCGAGCUGAGAGAAAAUCCCUGAGGAAGCUGAAGUCUCAAACAGACACACUGUCUUUCAGCGAUGGAAGUUUACAGCUCAACACUAAGUUGCCUUUUCUUUAUGGUCGCUCCAUCAGCCUGGUGCACUUCUCUCAGGUCCAGAGGCACACCAUGAUGUCAGUGCACAGCCCUACAGCUAAGCCCAGUGCCGUGCGUCUGGACAGCUGCACCAUCAUCUGCAUCUGGAACAUUUGGGAGCCGUCCAGACCUCAAAAAGUCCUCGUCUAUGAAUCUGAGGUGCAGUGUUGCUGUUUCAGCCCUGGAAAGGCCAUACUGGUGUUUGCAGGCACAUCAGUCGGCUCUGUGGUGCUGUGGGACCUCAGGGAGCACGCCAAUGACCAUUACCGCUUGAAGAUAGGGGAGGAGGAGUGGACUCUCCGACAGCCCACCUUCUCCACUGACGCAGUGAUGGCUGGUUCAUGCCAUUUCUCAUCUGUGACGUCUGUAGAGGUUGUCCCGUCCGCUGUGGCAGGGGGGCUGAGGUCAGAGGUCCCUCUCUUGGCAUCCGAGGAAGAGUCGUCAGGAUUGUCAUUCCAGCUGGCUUCUCUGGAUGAAAGUGGGGUUUUAAAUUUCUGGGUGGUAGUCGAACUCCCAAAAGCCAACGAGGCUGGCUCUCCAACAGAUCUAGGGCUCCGGCCAGGGGGCAAAGUGAAGUUACUUCACAGCUCCCACCUCCUCACCGCUGAGAGGGGGUCACCACGAGAUGCAGCGAAAGCAGGGCCGCUACUGACACUUCAUUUAAAAUUCCUUCCAACAGACUCCAAUCAUUUCUUCAUCUGCACCAACAUGGGUCUGGUCAAUCAUGAAACAAGUCAUGGCUUGAAGGCUCCACCAAAGUUUUACAGGUUUCAGGAAGCCGGAGUUCGACCUGUUGAUGUCAGCUCAAUCCACUUUUCUCCCUUCAGACAACACAUGUUCUUGGUGGGUUGUGGGGACGGCAGCAUCAGGCUGCAUGCAGUCAGCCAUGAGCAGCCUGUGGCAGAGUGGAAAAACAGCACAGCUGGUGAACCAGUGGUCUCGCUGCAGUGGGCCCAAACCAGAGCGACAGUCUUCUGUGUCCUCGAUGCAGCCUCUAACCUCCACAUAUGGGACCUGCUGAAAAAUGACACUGAGCCUGUGGUCACUGAAAGAAUGGACUCUGACAGGGUGACAGCCAUGGCCGUUUUUGGAGACUCAGGACAACAAAACACAUAUUCAGGAAUAGCACUGGCACACGAGUCGGGAAAGAUAGAAAUGCAGUAUUUCACAAGAAACUGGACUGUGCCCGUAACUGCAGAAGAGGAGAAGUUGGAGAGUGUGUUGACUGAAGCCUUCUGAAACAUGGCAUUUUCUGAAGGAUUUUCUGAAUUUUUAAACUCUGACUGAGCCUAAAGAUCGAUUUAUAUAUCUGUUUUUGUUACAGUCAUUUUGUAUAGUAUAUGUUUUAUUUAAAUUGAAUGUGUGUGUUAAUUUUUUACUUUUAAUUUGAUGACACAUGGCUAAAAAAAUACAUUAGCAUAGCUAUGAAAAGGAUGUAGCUUAAUACCAAAGAUCUUCUAUAGGGCACCACAAUCUUGCAUAAAGGCGUUAUAAGAAACACAUGAUGUAAAUCUUUGUUGAUGUAAAUAUUUCUACUAUUUGAUAAUGUCAAAUAUUUGUACUAUAUUAACAACUCUAAUUU